AUGGAGUCGAAAAAAAUUGCAACAAAGAUGAUAAUAUUAACCCUAGUGUUCAUAUUAGCAGCCAUUUGUGGAAAAGCAAAGCUCGUAAAUGACGAUGGAAGCAUAUGCGGGAUGAGCCAAGACGAGCUUCUCAAAUGCAAGCCGGCUGUGGCCACCGGCACAGCCACCCCGCCGCCGCCCACUGCCGCCUGCUGUGGGGCCCUCCACCACGCAAAUGUCACGUGCUUGUGUGGAUUCAAGAACAACAAGUAUUUGUCACUCUUUGGUAUCAAUUCAACACUCGCCAUGCAGCUGCCUUCCAAGUGUGACUUUAAUGAUAAUUUCCAUUGCUAG